UGGACAGUGCGGAUAUCACAUGACGCGGUGGGUGCGCUGUUUUCCAAACAGACUCUAGUCGGCUUGCCAUCUGGGUGUUUUGGUGUCCCGGGCGUCACACACAUGGUCCUGCUCCGGCAAUUCACCUUGGCCAUCAGCGCCGCGGUGGCAGCCCUGGGCUCCCUGCUGUUCAUCGGCUGGAACUACUUCUACAGGAGGCGGUUACCGGUAUGCGAGUCGGGGCCCCGCCGCCCUGCAGCCAGACAGGUGUGUCGGGAGAGGCAGGUGCUGGUGUUGGGGCUGGAUGGAGCUGGGAAGAGCAGUGUGCUGCGGUGCCUCUCUGGAGCAGGGGUGAGCCGAGGCUCUGGACCCACCUGGGGCUUCAAUACGGUCUGUGUCAACAUCCCGGGCUGCCAGCUGCAUUUCCUGGAGAUCGGUGGCAGUGUGAACCUGCGCACGUACUGGACACAGUACCUACAGAGCGCGCACGUCCUGGUCUACGUGGUGGACUCCGCUGAUAAAGAGCGCCUCCCUCUGGCCAAGGCGGAACUGCACCGACUCAUGGCAGCGGACUCACAGCUGCCCCUGGUAGUGCUGGGGAACAAGCAGGAUAGACGUGCAGCCCUCCGUGCCCCUGAGCUGCAGGAAGCCCUGUCCCUGGACGCUGUGGGGGAUGAGAGGAAGUGCUUCCUGCUGGCUGUGCAGCUGGAUUGGGACGGUGUGGAGCUCCCUCACAGCCUGAGGGAGCUGCAGGAGCUGCUGCUGCAGCUGCUCUCCCUGCGCUGAGGUCGGCAGGCAGGGGGAGAAGGAGUUUUCACAGUCGUUCCAUAAAUAACUUGAAGCAUCAAGUCACCGGACAUUUUUAAACUGGACUUGCAACGCCACCCAUUUGUUUACGUUGGAGUUAUGAAACUAGUUCAGAACACAGCUUGUUAUGUGCAAUGCUUUGUAGAACCACCAGAGGGAGCUAGAGUGCCUCAAGGAGACUUGAGCGGAGCUUCAGAACAGCCACACUUGCACAAAGCCGCCUGUGUUUAAGCUGAAGAAACACAUUCAAAAUGGUUAUCAAGGAUUGCAAGGUUUUUUUGUUUGUUUGUUUGUUUUUGAUUUUGCACGUUUCAAAGUGAAUAUGUAAUUCGUUUUAGACACUAUGUUUAAACAGGUGUUUUAGACCCUCACAGGGACCCCAUGGCGAAUGUGUGAAGUGUGUUUUUAAUGUAUUAUUCAAACUCGUGCCCAUUGCUGGAUCCGCGUUAACAAACCAUUCAGCUGCACUGAUAUCUGCUUGGACCGCAGUCCUUAAAAUACAAUUCUGGGAAAUGGAUCGGCAUUACAGAAUGGUGUCUUUGUGAGACGCAUGGGCUGCACACAAACCUGAUUAAACACAACUAGAAACUUUAACUGAGCAGAGAGCGACCAUCAUGAAAGAUCUGUAAAAUGUAAGAUAUUACUCUGAAUUAACAGAGGGGCAGGGACAGGGAACUGCACAUCAUUACUGAACUAGAUACACACCAAAUGACUUCCACAAAGAAACAAAUCAUCUACAUUCCUCUCGUCGCACUCUCAAGUUACUUUACUUUUCAACUUUGACCCUUGAACACGUUGUACCAGUCUGUCCCGCUUCCAUUGAACACGUUGUACCAGUCUGUCCCGGUUCCAUUGAACACGUUGUACCAGUCUGUCUCGGUUCCAUUGAACACGUUGUACCAGUCUGUCUCGGUUCCAUUGAACACGUUGUACCAGUCUGUCUCAGGUGUUCCAUUGAACACGUUGUACCAGUCUGUCCCGGUUCCAUUGAACACGUUGUACCAGUCUGUCUCGGUUCCAUUGAACAUGUUGUACCAGUCUGUCUCGCUUCCAUUGAACACGUUGUACCAGUCUGUCCCGGUUCCAUUGAACACGUUGUACCAGUCUGUCCCGGUUCCAUUGAACACGUUGUACCAGUCUGUCCCGGUUCCAUUGAACACGUUGUACCAGUCUGUCUCAGGUGUUCCAUUGAACAUGUUGUACCAGUCUGUCUCGGUUCCAUUGAACACGUUGUACCAGUCUGUCUCGGUUCCAUUGAACACGUUGUACCAGUCUGUCCCGGUUCCAUUGAACACGUUGUACCAGUCUGUCCCGGUUCCAUUGAACACGUUGUACCAGUCUGUCUCGGUUCCAUUGAACACGUUGUACCAGUCUGUCCCGGUUC